AUGUCGAAAGAGAAUAUGAUGUUGACAUUACUAAUCCCAGGGCCGAGGCAACUGGGAAAUGAUAUAGAUGUGUAUUUGGAGCCACUUAUAGAUGAUUUGAAAGAGCUAUGGGAGAAAGGCGUGGAAAUUUAUGAUGCAUUUGCAAAGUCCACAUUUAAUUUGAAGGUAUUACUCGUUCGCCAUAACUUAGAUGUCAUGCAUAUUGAGAAGAAUGUUUGUGAGAGUAUUAUUGGCACCCUAUUGAACAUAAAAGGAAAAUCAAAGGAUGGACUCAAGUCUCUUAGAGAUUUGGAGGAAAUGGGCAUCAGGGGGGAUUUGCACCCACAAGAUUCAAAAGGGAAACAUUUCUUGCCAACAGCACCUCAUACACUAAAGAAGGAAGAAAAACAGCUUUUUUGUAAGCGAUUACAACAAUUAAAGCUACUAGACGGCUAUAGUUCCAACAUUGGGACACAUAUAUCAUUGGAUGAAUGCAAGGUUGUAGGCUUGAAAUCUCAUGAUUAUCAUGUCCUAAUGCAACAAUUACUACCGGUAGCGUUACGGGGAAUUCUACCAAAGGCUGUAAGGAAUGCCAUAUUUCGCCUAUGCGCAUAUUUUAAUGAAGUAUGCCAAAGGGUGAUUGAUAGGAACUCAAUGGAAAGACAGGAAAAUGAAAUUGCUGAGACAUUGUGUAUGUUAGAAAGAUUUUUUCCUCCAUAUUUUUUCGACAUUAUGAUUCACUUAACUAUUCACAUCGCACGCGAAGCUCGUAUUUGUGGACCAGUACAAUUUCGUUGGAUGUACCCAUUUGAGAGGAUGAUGAAGGUUUAUAAAGGAUAUGUUAGAAAUAGGGCGAGACCUAACGGAUGCAUAGCUGAAGGCUAUUUGGCUAAUGAGUGUGUGAAAUUUUGUAGUGAGCACAUCAAACAAGCUUCUAAAAUAGGGGUGAGACAUUCUCAAAAUGAGGAUUUUGAAGGUGAGACAACAAUAGAUGGCCGUCCAAUUUCGAAAGGAAUUUUGAAAGUCAUGUUGAAUGACAUGUUACAAAUUGCUCACCGUUAUGUCUUGUUCAAUAAUGCAGAGGUGGAACCGUACACAGGUGCAGCUGGUAAUGAUGUGUCCGAUACACUUAUGUGUCUUGCAAAUGGGCCUAGAAGAGAAGAUGUGGAGAGAAGCACACAAGAUAGUGGUGUUUCGCUUGAAGCAGAAACUAUAUGUCAAUCUAGUGAAAGAGAUACAAAUCAAGUUCUAGGAAAAGUAUCUUACUAUGGUGUUUUAAAAGAUAUACUUUUGUUAGAUUACCACACAUUUAAAGUGCCAAUCUUUGAUUGUGAGUGGGAAAACAUUAGAAAUGGCAUCAAAGUUGAAGAUGGAUUUGUAUUAGUUAACCUUCAUGAAGGUCAAAGUCAGUUUCAAAGUGAUCCCUUUAUUCUUGCUUUACAGGCUAAGCAAGUUUUUUAUUCAAGGGAAGAUGAAACAUAUAAUUGGUAUGUUGUACUUAAAGCGCCGCCAAGAGGUUUUAAUGACUUGGAGUCUUUUGAAGAAAAUAGUUUUGUGUCUUCUAUGCCAUUAGAUGUAUCAAGAUUGGACUCAAAUGAUGAUGAUGAUGGCAAUGAAGAGUAUGUGCGGUUGGAUUGUGAGGGCAUGACCAUGUAG